GGGCGUGAUGUCACGAGGGGGCGGCCUCGAACACGGAAGCCCGCACACAGCGUUCAGAGUUAUAAACUUCCGGACGCUGCGAGCGGAGCUCCGGAAGGCAGGGCAGCGGAGAACCCCUUUAAGGCUGCAGAUCUGAAUCUGUGUUCAGUCAUUUAGUUCACAUGAAAUCUUCAGCAUCAAAUCCUGCGCAUCAAAUCUGCGUAUGAAACUAACUCUAGGAGAAGUCUGGAAAACAAGACACAACUGCCGGUGGGACUGGGACAAUCAAAGAGAGAGAGAGCGGAGCAACAUCUGGAAGGAGUCCUCACCAUCUUCCCUUCCUUGCCAAUUAUACUGUAUGGUAAGAGACUAAAACAUCCCACUUGCAUAGUCCAGCAGCCUCUGACACCCACAAUGUAACUUUGUGAGAUUACAGCAAAAAAACGGAAUAAUAAGGUGCAGUGAAGAGGAAGUUUGUCGUCAUGUGCUGCUAUAACAGGAAAUGGACUACUUACAUGAUUUAGAGGAACUUACAUCUUUAACAGACUAACAGCCUCAGUUCAGGUCCUGGAGACGGUACAGUGAACCCAGCUGAAGAUGCCUGGCCCCCCUCCCCCACCGCCUCCUCCUACACUUACCCUGGCAAAUACAGAAAAGCCUGCUCUCAGCAGAUCUGAGCAGUCUGGAAGAAAUGCUCUUCUAUCAGAUAUCCACAAAGGUAGAAAGCUUAAGAAGGCCGUUACCAAUGACCGAAGUGGACCAGUCUUUGAAAAACCAAAAACAUCUCCUGGAGGCGGGGGUGGCGGAGGUAUGGGAGGAGGAGGUGGAGGUGGCGGAGGAGGGGGAUUUGGCGGACCUCCAGGAUUAGGUGGCUUGUUUCAAGGAGGGAUGCCAAAACUACGGUCUUCAGGAGGCCGAGAAAGUGAAUCCCCAGUAGGCCGACCACCAAUGCUUCCACCUGGAGGAAGAAUGCCUUCUCCCAGACCUUUCACUCCAUCAAGCACCUCUCCAAGAGGACCACCACCUACCAUAGGAAUUAGGGGUCCUGCUCCUGAACCUCAAAGAAACCGAAUGCCUCCACCUCCAAGAAAUGAUUUUAAUUCUAGGUCAGAAAAUGUUCCACCUGCAGUUCCUAAUACACCUAGACCGAUCAGCUCAAGUCUUCAUAACAGAGGACCUCCACCAGUACCAGCUGCAAAUAGGCAAGUUAACUCGCCACCAUUACCACCUGCAAAUAGGCAAAUUAACUCGCCACCAUUACCACCUGCAAAUAGGCAAGUUAACUCACCACCUGUUGUUCCAUCUGCCUCAUCUAAUAAAGUGCAUGGAUUUGGAGGAAACAGUAGACAAUCUCCAUCGAUACCUCCACCAUUUCCAUCCAUGAAUAGACCAUCACUUCCGCAAACACCUAGUAGAUCCAUGGAUGACAGGCCACCUCCUCCUCCAACAGGAAACCGGCCACCGCUUUCAAGAGAUUUCCCCCCACCGCCACCUCCUCAAAACAAUAAACCACCUGUCCCUAACACACCAAGACCAACCCCCACUGUCCAGGCACCACCCCUACCUCCAGGGAGACCUGGGGCUCCACCUUUACCUUCUACCCCUUCUAACUUUGAUGAUAUGCCAAGACUUCCUCAAAGGAAUACAUCCUUGGCAUCCCUGCCUGCUGCACCGCCACCUGUCCCACCUCCUGCACGGACCGGACCCCCACCUCCUCCACCAUCAAUGGACAGGCCACCACCACCAGUAAGAGAGCCAACUGGAAGAUCAGGACAACUUCCUCCUCCACCUCCUCCUGCCAACAGAAAUGGUUUUGGUCCUCGAGGGUCGAUAGGCCUUCCCCCUCCUUCAAGACCUGGCAUAGAACCCCCUAGAGGGGGAGCUAGACCUCUACCACCUCCAGAAAGACCAGGGUUGGGACCCCUGCCUCCUCCUCCACCACCUUCAUCAAUGAGAAAUGGAUUCCAAGACUCAUCUGGAGAAGAUGAAUGGGAGAGAAGGUUUUCAUUCCAUCCGUUCUCUGAUCUGCCACCACCAGAGCCUUAUGUACCAUCAAAUAAAUCCUACCCCAGUAAAUUUGUGAGAGGUGAAAGUCGAAGUGGCUCCACCAGAAAAGAGAGAGGUGCUCCUCCUUUGCCUCCAGUACCCAGGUGAACCAGAUUUUCAGUCACCAAAGAUGCCUGAACCUUUUAGAGAAGAAACAUUUGACUUUUAUUUGAUGCUGUUGUUGGAAUUUUAUCCGAAACAAAGACCACAUGGGAUCAUGUGGGUGACUGUGUAUGGAAGAUACAGCAUACAGGUGCAUUGUACUUUUGGGUAUAGCUUGUUACCCAUCACCUACCACAUUGACUCCCUUUAUUCCUGAGCAAAAGCAGUCAUGGAAGAAAAAGCAGACAUAAACCUUACGGCCUAUGACUCUGAUGGAAAAUAUGGGCUUCACUAAGAUCUUAUUGUGGAGUCUUAAACUUCAGGAAAGACUUUACCAUUUACAGUAUAAACUGUUCAAUUGGCUGAAUAUAUACAUUUAGUUUGACUAAGUUAAUUUCAGUAGUGAAGGUAUACAGUACGUCAUUCAGUAUGUAGUCCUGUAUCCCUUGUGCACUUACAUGUUCAUCUUAUUACAUUGUAGAAGUCCGCACUCUCGGUGAAGUUUGUAGAAAAAGGACACUUAUUGUAACAAGCAGUUGACAACGCGUUUCAAGGGGAUCUGCACCCCUCUUCCUCAGGUUAGGGAGGAAGCGCUUGCUGGAUCUGAAGACGGAGUUAUAAG